AUGUCUUUUUUAAUUUCAUUUAUCUUCGAUCCUGCAUUAAUUUGUCUGCUGUGUGCAGCAGUAUUAUUAGCUGUACUCUAUUUUUCAACUGGCUAUAAAAAUUCAGCUUUUAAAUUUCCUCCUGGUCCAACUCCUCUUCCGAUCAUUGGUAACCUGCACUUGGUGGAUCUUAGAAGGCAAGAUAAAUCACUAAUGAAGCUUGCGGAAAAAUACGGCCCCAUCUUCACCCUCCACUUUGGGUUCCAGAAAGUUGUGGUCCUGACCGGGUACGAAGUUGUGCGGGAGGCGCUUGUGAACUACACAGAGGAGUUUGUAGACAGACCAUCCAUCCCAAUAUUUGACCAAAUUCAGAACGGAAACGGUUUGUUCUUCUCUAUCGGGGAGCUGUGGAGAACAACUCGGAGAUUCACCGUAUCCAGCAUGCGCAACCUCGGCAUGGGGAAAAAAAUUAUAGAAGGGAGAAUUUUUGAGGAGCUUCACUUCCUUAUCGAGAUGAUCAAAUCCUUCAAAGGGGAACCUUUUAACCUGACGUCCUUCAACUGUGCUCCAAUCAACAUCACCUUUGUCUUGCUGUUCGGGGACAGGUUUGACUACAAGGACCCAACAUUUCUCACUCUCUUAAGACUCAUAGAUGAAGUUAUGAUUCUUCUGGGAUCUCCAUAUUUGAAUUAUUUCAAUUUCUACCCGUUCCUUGGAUUUCUUUUCAAAACUCACAAGAUUAUGCUUGGGAAAAUAGAAGAUGUGCGCGUCAUUUUAAGGCAAUACAUGAAGGCAAGCAGGGAAGAUAUCAAUGAGAACAGCGUGAGGAGCUACAUUGAUGCACUGAUAUUCAAGCAACAAGAGGAGAAAAACAAGAAAGACAGCCUCUUCCAUGAUGACAACUUAAUAGCAUCCAUACUCGACUUGGUCAUGGCGGGAACAGAGACCAUAGCCACAACGCUCCAGUGGGCCAUCCUGCUGAUGAUGAAAUACCCAGAGAUUCAAAAAAAGGUGCAGGAGGAGAUUGGGAGAACCCUCAAAGCUGGAAGCUGGGCCACGUAUGAGGAUCGGAAGAACAUGCCGUUUACAAAUGCGGUGCUACACGAAGUGCAGAGGUUUAUCACCCUCCUGCCCCACGUUCCCCGCUGCACUGCUGUUGACACCCACUUCAGGGGCUACUUCCUUCCCAAGGGUAUAAUUGUAAUCCCGUCGCUCACCUCAGUGCUGCUGGAUAAGACGCAAUGGGAGACACCACAUCAGUUCAACCCCAACCACUUCCUUGACGCUGAAGGGAAUUUUGUAAAGAGAGAGGCUUUCCUGCCCUUCUCCACAGGGCGAAGGAACUGCAUUGGAGAAAGCCUCGCCAAGAUGGAGCUGUUUGUCUUCUUUGUAGCGUUGCUUCAGACAUUUACUUUUCAACCGCAGCCAGGAGUUUCAGAGUCUGACUUGGACCUUACCGUCCCCCAAACGACUUUCACAUUAAGGCCGCAGCCUCAGGCAACCUGUGCUGUCCUGCGUGAAUAA